AAAUAUAUUAAAUCCUAAACCUAUAAAAGAAGACAAAACGUAUGGAAACAAGUAAUAAGUAAGUUGAUGAAAAGUCUUUUAUUGAGAAACUCCAGACAACGGAAGUAACGUAGUUGCUUUGGUUGCUGAUCACGCUUGUCCACUUUGAUGCUCACACGGCAGAUAUACACGCCUGUUUGGACAGAGCACACAAAACUGAGUUCGGCUGGAAUGAAGGAGAAGUUUAUGGCGCCAACGGUGUGUCCGAUAAGACUACCAGACUGGUUCUCUGUGGACGUUCCUCAGACGGAGACAUGCUAAGCUAAUGCUAACCUCACCGACAGCCAGCUCGUGCCGUGCAUAUUGUCUGAACAUCACUUUUAAACAUCCAGAACACAAGGAUUCCAAUAAAGAACUGCUGCUUUGACGGACUGGUCCGCUGGAAAGAAUGUUUGAAUACUGCAGCGAAGUGGGUGACUCUGUUAGUUGCGGCUCCUCGACAAGGUUUAUGUUAUUGGCAUGUGAACAGGUGCUGUUAGUAUGUUGAAACUUGGUAAGUUGACGGAGUGGAGCUUCCCUCACAUGAGAGACCGUUAAAAGUGUAAACGGAAGCUGGGGAAAAAAAGACUUCCACGUUGUGGCAUUGCCAUGGAAACUUGGUGUGUCUGCGCAUGCUCGUAAUGGAGAAUGGACAGGGCAACACAAGGCUGGGCCUGCCUACGCUCACACCCAACCAGCAGGAGGCGCUGCAGAAGGCAAAGAAGUAUGCAAUGGAGCAGAGCAUCAAGAAUGCUCUAGUCAAACAGACGCUGGCUCAGCAGCAGCAGCUCACCAGCCUUCAGAUGUCAUCCAUGGGUUUAGGAGAACUUUCUCCUCUGCAGUCAGUGGCGGCACAGCGUCAGCGGGCCCUCGCCAUCAUGUGUCGUGUGUAUGUUGGUUCCAUCUACUAUGAGCUGGGAGAGGACACAAUCAGGCAGGCCUUCAUCCCCUUUGGACCCAUCAGAAGCAUCGACAUGUCCUGGGACUCUGUCACUAUGAAACACAAGGGUUUCGCAUUCGUGGAGUACGAAAUGCCAGAAGCGGCUCAUCUGGCGCUCCAGCAAAUGAAUUCUGUGGUCCUUGGUGGACGCAGUAUUAAGGUGGGCCGGCCCAGUAACAUCGGCCAAGCUCAGCCAAUCAUUGACCAGCUGGCGGAGGAAGCGCGGGCCUUCAACAGGAUCUAUGUGGCAUCCGUGCACCCCAACCUCUCAGAGUCCGACAUCAGGAGCGUGUUUGAGGCCUUCGGGAAGAUCAUGUCGUGCAUGUUGGCUCGCGAGCCGACCACAGGCCGCCACAAGAGUUACGGCUUCAUUGAGUACGAGAAACCGCAGUCUGCUCUGGAUGCCGUGGCCUCCAUGAAUCUGUUUGACCUUGGUGGCCAGUUACUCCGCGUGGGGAAGGCCGUGACUCCACCUUUACCGUUACUCACACCCACCCAACCUGGAGGCCUCCCCAGUGCCGCCACUGCCAAAAUCACUGCACAGGAUCCAUUGGGAGUGUCGGUAUUAGGAGCUCUGACCGGACUCCCUCAGGCUGUCAUGGCGGCUCAGGCUCCAGGUGUCAUCACAGGCGUGACUCCAGCACGACCUGGAUUGUCUCACGUGGGUCUGGUGAAUCCAGUCUUGGCGGUGCCACCACUGUUUAGGAAAGAAGGUCAGGAGGUGCAGCAAGACGGCGCCACAGAAGCGCUCGGCCAGCAGGAGCACGGCACCAGACACGUAGUGAUGAGGAAGAUGUUCCACAAGCAGGAGUCCCGUGUCAUGGUUCUGAGGAACAUGGUCGGGCCAGACGAUAUGGACGAUGACCUGGAGGGCGAGGUCACUGAGGAAUGCGGGAAGUUCGGUCAGGUGAAGCGGGUCAUCAUCUACCAGGAGCGUCAGGGUGAGGAGGAUGACGCUGAUGUCAUCAUCAAGAUCUUCGUGGAAUUCUGUGACACAGAUGAGAUGAAGCAAGCCAUUCGGGCCCUGGACCGGCGCUGGUUUGGUGGUCGCAGAGUGGCGGCCGAGGUGUAUGACCAGGAACGCUACGAGAACAACGACCUGACGGCGUAGACCAGGAAUAAAGUAAUGAAGAAUGGAAGUACUAAUGGACAUUAUUCUGUGACAUUUAGAACAGGCGGCCAUCUUUGUUUUCACCCGUAAACACUUGACUCAUAGAAGUUGGGGUUUUAACAGUGUGAGGGGCCUCCCCUGAGAGGUGCCAGCUUGAGAAAAAUA